UGCUUGUCUAUCUUCCUUUUAUAUUGAAAGGCAGAAUCCAUUUUCUGAAUUUGAGGCUUUUUUUAAGUCAAUCAAUUCAUUUAAAUUUAGUUAAUUAAUUUGUAAAUAUGUCAAUUCAUUAUAAAUUUAAAGGAAGUCUAAAUUUUGAAAGGAUUCCUUUUGAUGGUGUACACAUUUCAGUUGGUGAUCUUAAAAAAGCCAUUUUUGCUCAGAAAAAGAUUGAUACAUCAACAAAUGAUCUCAUUAUAACUGAUUCCCAAACUAAAGAAGUUUAUGAAUCGGAUGAAGUAUUGAUUCCAAGAAAUACCUCUGUUAUUGUAGCGAGAGUGCCCAUUACUGAUGAUAAAAAACACUGGCACAAAAAUGAAGUCAAACCAUCUUCGGAGAAUCACACCCCAGGACAUGUUUCACUUAAGGAAAUAAUCAAAUCUUCUGACCUCUCCAACUCAAAUGCAUCCGAAGAAGAAAAGAUUCAAGCUAUGUUAUCCCACUCAACUCAGGACUAUGACUCAUCAAAAUUUGUUAAAAACCGAGGAAUCGUUGGUCCUUUACCUCCAAAUUAUACUUGUUACCGUUGUGGUCAACCAGGCCAUUAUAUUAAGCAUUGUCCAACUAAUAAUAUGGAAAUCAAGCGAAGUACAGGUAUUCCGAAGAGCUUCAUGAUCCCUGCAAGUGCAGAACAGAAAGGAGCUCUUCUAACUUCAAGUGGUGAAUAUGCUGUACCAAUCAUUGACCACCAAGCAUAUUCGGAGAAGAAAAGUGACAGGAAAGCAUUACUGGAGAACCGAGAAAAGGAGGAAGGCGAAACCAAAGAGGAAUCAAUUCCAGACGAAUUAAAGUGCUUAUUAUGUCAAGAACUGCUCCGUGAUGCCGUUAUUACGCCUUGCUGUGUCAAAGUUUUCUGUGAUGAAUGUAUUAGAAUGGAAAUCCUGCAGACAGAUGAUAAUCAAUGUCCAUCGUGCCUCGAAACAGAUCUAAGGCUUGACCAUCUCAUACCCAUAUUGCGUAUACGUUCAGCUGUAAAAAAAUUUAUCUUGGACAGAGAAGCUAGCCAGAAAUCUAUUACUGAUAUAAAUAAUGUUAACGCUGAUAUUGAUAUUCAAUCUAGCGGAAAUGAUAAUUUAAAUGGUGGAGAUAGCAAAGAAAUCAACUCUAUUACUACUGACACCUCCACUUCUUCCACAUCUACUUUUAUUACUAAUUCAGCAUCACCUACCACCACAACUUCUAUUAGUACAUCUAAUUUAGUCCUAAUCUGUGAAAAAACAUUCCCUAAUGAUUCAGAAAAAGAGGUUGAGGGAAAAUCUCAAUCAAGUGAUGAAAAUAAACUAGAUUCGAUGAAAGUUGAAACUAAAGUUGACGAAACUAAUAAAGCUCCCUGUGAGCUUCAUGAGUCUGAUAUUGAGACUCGCGAAAAAUUAAAUCAAGAUGAUUUUGUUUCUGAUUUAAAGGUUAAAGAGGAAACCUCUAAUUUAGAGGUACCUCAAUCUCAAAACUUGGAUGAAAACAGCCAAUCUCAGGAAAGGCAACAGUUGGCUCUGGACUUUGCGAUAAAUGGAGAUAUUAAUGAGAACGUUUCAGGGACUGAUAGAGCAGAAGAUUCAGAAGCAAGUUCUAUUAAAAAAGAUAUUGAUACAGAAUCAUCAACCCCUAUACCUAAUUUAAUUACUACUAGUGAUUCAGAUAAGGCUAUUAGAUCAGAACUUCAUGAUGAAUCUAGCAGAACAUCUUCACAUGAUGAGCCAAUCCAUUCUCAACGUGAAAGUGAAGAAGACGAGGAAAGUCAAGAUGCCUACGCCUCCAGUUCAGUUAGUCCUUCAAACAGAGAUUCCAAGGAUAAAGAUUCAGACAAAGAGAUUGACAAAGAUAAGGAAAAGGAAUCUGACGAUGAAAAGGAUGAACAAGAGAAGACUGAUGCUCCAUGGACCCAUGCAACGGACAAGUCAAAACCGCAAGAGUACCAGGAGACGAUCAAAAUUAAUCAAAAUCAAGAAACUAAUCCAAGCUCAAAUGAUAUCACAACACAGCCAAGUAUUUUACAAUCUCGAACUCUCAGACCGACGAUGGCUAUUCGUAAUCUAAUCUCUCUACCUCGUCCUAUUCUACCUACUGUUCCUCCCACCAUGAGCAUGCAUCGAACACCAUUAUUAGGCCAUCGUGGUCCUUUAUUUCCAGGAGGACCACCUGAUGCAAGAUUUUAUCGCCCAUCAAUGCGUGAUCCUUUCUCGAUGAACCCUAACCCAUACAGUUUCAGUUUACCCAUGAGACCUCCACCUGGGUACCCUGACCCAUACGCUUUUAUGAAUACACGACCACCUCACAUAAACACUAAUCAGUAUUCACGACCUUCGCCAAUGUCUAACACUCAGACGUAUGAUCCAACACAAUCAGAUUUAAUUAGUAACUAUUAUUCAAAUUCAACUACAAAUGAUGAUUAUGAAGAUCCUUUGGAUCGUUUUGUCAAACAAUUAGAAUCUAAGUCACGUAAACGCAUUGCUGGAUCUCCGUCACGGUCAAGAUCAAGGUCUAGUUCUAGAUCUCGGUCAAGAAUCCGAGCUCAUUCUGGUUCGCCCAGGUCUAGAAAUCGUUAUUAUCGAAGUGAUUCUCCUAAUCGACAUGAUAAACGACGUGAAAAAGAUCAAGCCGACCGCAGUCGAACAAGGGAAAGAGAAAGGGAAAGGCUCAGAGAUAGAAACUCAGACCGCCAUAGAGAUUGGGAUCGACAUCGUGAUAGAGAAAGUGAUCGUGAUCGCAACAGAGAAAAACUCUCCAGAGAUCGAGAUCGUGAAAGAGAACGAGAACGAGAGCGAGACAGGGAGAGAGAAAGAGAAAGAGAAAGGGAACGAGCAAGAGAAAGGGAACGAGAGAGGGAACGAGAAGAGCGCGAGCGAGAGAGAGAACGAGAAAAGGAACGAGAGAGGGAAAGAGAGGAAAGAGAACGAGAAAGAGAGAGAGAAAGGGAGAGAGAAAGAGAACGAGAACGAGAAGAAAGAGAAAAAGAGCGUGAAAGAGAAGAAAGAAAAAGGAAGAAAAAAAUUAAAAAAGAAGCAGAAGUGCUGAAGGAAGGAGAAACUGAGCGAAAGAGUAAAGGCACUAAACGAAAGAAAGAUUCGAAGAAAGAUGCAGAUGGAGAGAGAGAAAAAGGAAAAGAGAAAAAGAAGAAGAAAAAGGAAAAGAGAGAUAAAGAGCGAGAAAAGGAGAAAGAAAAAGAAAAGGAGAGAACGUGAUAGUUAAUUUUGGCCAAAUUUUUUUCUAUGACCUAUUGUAUUGAAUGGAUCCAUUGUAUUUAAUUGUAUUUUCAUUGAUUUUCUUCCUGCAAAGUUACAGGCACUUAGUCCACUCUCGGACAAUGAUCCUGUAUGUGCCAGGGAUGUUCACGAACAUCUUCAGAUUAAAAACAUUAAUUACAUCGUAAAGUAAACCCUUCUUUUCAUUA